GAUUCCUCUUCUUUUCCUCUCCACUCUAGACCUCCAAGCUUCUCUGCUGCUGUGCGCGCCGGGCCACGUUUUCUCAACCAUUUACCCCACUGAUAUGCAGAUGCACCAUGCCCCUCAGCAGGGACUCAUUCACCCCCGCCAGCCUCAACACCGGCACUUGGUCCCCAGAUGAGGACGAGCGUCUCCGAGAAGCCGUUGCGCAGUAUGGUACCCGCUGGGUGGUCGUUGCGGCUGCCGUGGCGACCCGCAAUGGGGAUCAGUGCGCCAAACGCUGGAACGAGAAUCUGAACCCCGAUCUCGACCACAGCCCUUGGACUCCACAGGAGGACCAACUUCUUCUCCAACUCGUCGACAUCUACGGCCGCAACUGGAAAUUCAUGGCCAACAGCUUCCUUGGGUCCCGCGCCCCACAGGCACUUAAGAACCGCUACUCGCUUCUCAUGCGACGGCUAAAACGUCGCGGCUCCAUUUCCAAGCAACCGCGACUGUUGUCAUGUUCCACAGCGGCCACCACGACCGGGGCCGACAGCGCCAGCAAACAGACCCCCUUCACGCCGUUCUUCGACCUGGGGGUUGACCCUCGUGCCACGGGGAUGCACCCCACAGAGGACAGCAGCGGCAGUAGCUCGAGAACCUCGUACGCAAGCUCGCAUCACAGCUCCAUCUCCGAGGGCAAGCCGACGACCCGCCCGAGCAGCCGCUCCAAUUCGAAUUCGUACAUGGACCUGACCAACAUCUUCGGCACGAUGACCGGCACCGCGUUCGGAGAUGACGUGCAGUACCAGACGCACGACCUCUUCACCACGCCGCCCAGCGCCACCGUGCUGGUCCCCGGGGACGAAACCAGUACACACCACACCUCCGACGCCAACCAACUAGAAUGGGAAGUCUGGCAGAGCCUGAUCGACCCCGUCUCCGGCGAGACAGCUACCGCCGCCUCCUCCUCCCGAAGUACCAGCAGCGACAGCGCGAGUGAGUCAGAGAACGCGACUCCCGACGGGGCCCAGGUGCUCGUGUCCACCCCGCAGCCGAUGGAUCUGACCGGGUGCGCGGUUCCCGGUACAGUCCUGGACAAUGGGAUCGAGUACUCGGUUCGAUGUUCCCGCGGCAACCUGAAGAAGUUGAUGCAUAACCUCUGCGAUGCGGCCAUUCUGGAGACCGGUGCCGGCUCGUCGGAGGGGGAUCAGGUGACGCUGACUUUACAUUUGAAGACUUGACUUUUUUCUUUUGUUUGAUGAUUAUGAUACCUGUUUAUAUCCGUGCGAUCUAACUCAAUUUUGGCUUUUUGUUUUGGGCGUU